UCACGACUAACUUCACUCGAGUUGGUAAAAUACAAUGCUUACUAUUGGCACCGAACGAACAAAUCAGAAAAGAAUCGACGAACAAGAGGAACACAAAAAGUGAGUUUUUUCCCCAUUGUGUGUGUACAAAUCGUGAAAAAAUAUGGCCGCAAAUGGUUGAUAGAAAAUUUACAUUUUUCUCGACGAUUUGUUGAACAAACGCAUCAAAAACAUUGACUUUAAUUAGGAUCUAAGCGAAUUAGUUCCAAAUUGCGUAAAAUUGAUACCAAUUGAUGUUCUACAUUCACCACAAUCGCAGCAAUCAAUACAAUAAAAGUAAUCGUGAAGUUGGUGACAAAAAAAAAGAGAGAGAAGAAUAUACAUUUUUCUAGAAUUACCUUUACGCAUUAGAAGUGGAAGUUUUUUUUUUCUGUCUCUAGUAGUUGUAAGUGGAUUGAGUUCAUUAAAAGGAGUAAUUUAAUUGAAAAUUCAUGCGAAAAAUUGGUGGAAUUCAUCGCAGUGAGUGGAAAUUACAGAAAAAUUUUCGAAUUUUUCAUGUGAAGCAGUGAGUUUGAGCCAAAUAAAAUUAUGUCAUCAUCGUCAUCUUCGCUACAUUUUGUGGUUCAUCCAUUACCAUCGGCUAGUGAGGAUCAAUUAAACGAUAGAAUUCGUGAAGUAGCCGAUAAAAUAAAUAAAUAUGGUGCACACAGUCCACAAGCGUUGCAAUCGUUGAAAACACCCGUAAAACAAAUAGUCAUUGGACCAUCACAUUUGGGUCUACUGCUUGAAGAUGGCCGUGCAUUGCGAGUUGCAUUUACCGUUAUCGCUGAGCGUUUAGACUUGAGCAAAUCGGAGCCGAACAAAGGAACAACUGGCGGAGCUGGCUCAUCGGCUAAUAAUGCAUCGGCAAACGCAAAACCGAAUUCAUCGAGCACAUCACGUCAGUUGGCUCGUUCACGUGCCCGAAUUAUGCGAACCACAUCGGUACGCAAUAAUGGCAGUAGUAGCGGCCAAGCUGGUUCUGGCUCCAGUUCACGUGGGACAGGUGUAAUUAUUGGCAGCGGUUCGUCUGGAAGGUCAUUGGUUACAGUUCCAGCACCAUUCGUUCCGGAAGAACUGGUUUCGCAAGCCCAAGUCGUUUUGCAGGGGAAGAGCCGCAACGUCAUUAUUCGGGAACUACAGCGUACAAAUUUGGAUGUAAAUUUAGCCGUAAACAAUUUACUAUCGCGUGACGAUGAAGAGGGUGACGAUACGGAGGAGGGAAGCGAUAACUAUGCUCCAGAAGAUUUAAUUUCGUUGUUAGACAACAGUUUUCAUUCGGAUAAUAGUGUUAUUAUCGACGCAGACACUAUGUUCUCAGAUGAGAUGUUCGGUUAUUCAAGCAUUCGAAAUCGCGUUCGGAACGAUCGUAAUCAAUUGAGCAACAGCAACAACGCUGGCAGCGGCACCAAUGCGAAUAGUAAUGCAAAUAGUAGCGCAAACUUAGGCGGAACGUCCAAUGAUAAUGCAACGGGCAGUGUCCGUAGUGGAAGCGGUUCAAAUCCAGACGGUGCUGGUGGUUCGGGAAGUGGCGGAGUAGAUCGUGAUUCGUUUAGCCGUUGGCGUGAUCGGCAAUACUAUGGACCAAGGCGAUGGUUUCAGAGUUCCCGCGAGGAAACACAAUGGGAAAAAGAUAAUGAUUCAAAAAAGAAAGACUCAUCAUCUGGUUUACCUCUAUGGAUAUCUGAUGAUUUGGAGCUCUGGCCUGAACGGGAUUCGCCAGUUCGUUUCACACAUAUCGCGGCAUUACAUUCGGAAUUCAUAGCGAUUUCAACGAAAGGCGAAUUACAUCAAUGGCGUUGGUCCGAUAGCGAACCGUACAAAAACCAUGAGAAUCCUAGCAUUUUCCAUCCAAAAACCCAGUCGUUGAAUUUAAUCUACGAAAAAGUGUGUCAAAUAUCGGCUACAUCGAUCCGCUGUACCAUUGCCACGGAAAGUAAUCGCGUUGCAACUUGGAUGGACGAAUUGCUGGGCCACAGUGGUAACAAGCUAGAGCAUGUGGCCACAAGUUUUCCGGAAUUUGCAAAUGAAAAGAUCCACUCGCUGUACACUUGCACACUCUACACAGUUGUUCGAACUGAAAACAAUAGCCUCUUCUGGUGGGGUGUGCUGCCAUUCGAGCAACGCAAACGUCUGUGGGAAAAGCAUAAUCGUUCAAAGGCCAAGUCUAAGAAACCAAUUCGAUCAAGCACUAGUUCAGCCGAAUUGACUGUUGGCAGUCAGGUUUGCAUGAAAAACAGUCCAAUGUAUCAACCUGGUGCAAUUGGAUUCACCAUUUCGAAUGGUGUUCCGAAAGUGGGUCAAUUGUUAAAUUCAGCCUGGGAUUUGACCGACAUAUGCCGCUUCAAAAUCAUCACUGUAUCAUCAUCGAAUAUUGCAAGUUCGAUACCGUCGAGCAGUUUGACGUCUAGCGAUUUGAAAGAUUUGGUUGAAAAAGGUGGCAAAGCUUCAAGUAGUGGAACUACAAGUAGUGUUACAAAGACGGGUCCAAGUGGAAGCAAUAAAGAAACAGCUGAUCGUUUAGAUAUGCCUCCUCCUCCAUCGCCGGCAUCAAGCACAUGCAGUGAUACCGGAAGUGUAAAUUCGCACAAGAGAGCGAAACGUGCUGCUCCAAAAGAAGAAAGCGACCCAAAGAAGGACGAAGAGCAAUGGAUGUUGAAGGAUGUAGUGUUUGUUGAAGACACACGUGCGGUACCAGUUGGACGUAUUUUAAAAAUUGACGGCCAUUACGCAGCAGUUCGGUUUCCAACAUCAGGCUCUGAGGCAAAAGAUGACGCCGAUGCUUGGCAAGAUUGUCGUCUUAUGAAAAAGGAAGACUUGAUGCCAGUAAAAUCAGCGACCGCAUCACGUGUACCUGACUGCUUUCAAAAAACACCCCGACGCGUUUCACUAACAGCAUCAACGUCCGGUGUAAAUGAGACUGCACAACAACAAAUUUUAACCAUUUCGGUUGACACAAAGGGCAUUCACGCAAUCGUGCGAACCGGUUCGAAAUUGCAUUAUUGCUUGCACAAUUUGAAUACUGGCCGAUUGGAGCACGACAGCAGCUUUCCGACCGAUAUCAACGCCUUCUUAGGACUAUCACAGAACAAUGUGUCGCUCACAUGUGCCAAUGAAACAAACGACAGCGUUCUGAUUUUGCGCGAUGGCAACAGCACAAUCUAUCCACUGGUUAAAGAUUGUUUGGAUGCAAUCCGUGAUCCGCAUUGGUUAGACUUGCAACCAAUUAGAUGCUUAGCCGCCACAACCAUAACUUUGAACUCGGUUGGCGCGAAUAUGAAAUCACAAGUUGCCAUCUUGGCUUUGGUGCCCGAAACCCAAUUGCUUAUGCAACGUAUCUUGCGGUGCGAUUUCAAGGGAUUCAAGACAAUUGUCAGUCAAAUUGAAUCGAGCGCUGAUGCAAAAGGGCAAAUUAGCGGAAUUUUGAAUGAACGGUGCGAUGGAAAUCGUAAUAUUAUUCACGCAUGCGUUUCAAUGUGCUCGCCAACGAGCAACAAAGACAAUGAUGAUUCGAGCAGUACGAAUUUACCAGGCUCAAAUCUGGGUAGUAGUUCGGCGCUGGAUUGUAACCUAGAUACACAGUUCCCUUGCUAUCAGAUUCCAUCGGCGAGCAGCAAUCUACGGGAUAACCGAGUUAGUUUGCGUGAAAUGAUGCGUCGUGCACGAGACAUUGACUCGAUUGCUAGUAAUUCGAAUACAAAUGCUCCUUCUCAGGAUGAAUCAACGUUCCCAUCGUACUGGCCAUCCGAAUACGAACUUAACUCUGGCGAUGAAGACAGCCUAACCGGAAUGAAAAACAAAUUAACUCGUAAUGAACGUUGCCGUGAAAUGGCCUUCGUAUCAGAUCCAGCUGAACGUCGUGAAAACGCAACACUGAUCUUGGGUCAAAUUUGUGGAAGCUCUGCUUUCCAACCGUAUCUAAAACAGUUGCUAAGCGCAAAAGAUGCUCAAGGUCAAACACCGUUCAUGUUGGCCGUUUCCUCCCGUGCAUACCAAGCCGCAAAAAAUCUUCUGAAUGUGAUUCAACAAGUGGCAAAUGGUGACUCGAAUCUCCGUGAUGCAAUGAUUUUCCCUCCAGGCUCAUCACCUGACCAAUCGCCACUGUAUGUUCUGUGCUGCAAUGAUACGUGCUCAUUCACAUGGACAGGAGCCGAUCACAUCAAUCAAGAUAUUUUCGAAUGUAAGACAUGUGGCUUAACUGGAUCACUAUGCUGUUGCACAGAAUGUGCAAAGGUUUGCCACAAAGGACACGACUGUAAGCUAAAGAAAACGUCACCAACGGCUUAUUGUGAUUGCUGGGAGAAAUGCAAAUGCAAAGCUCUAGUGGCUGGUAACCAAAAGAAACGAUUCGAAUUACUGGAAAAACUGGUGGCCGAAACAGAUUUAGUACGACGUGUUAAUUCACGGAACGAACCAAUUCUACUGUUUCUCAUCCAAACGGUUGGUCGACAAACAAAUGAACAACGUCAAUACAGAUCACGUGCCCGAAAUACCACUGGAAAUCGAAAAACACCAUCGCUUGACACCGAAAACGAUAUGCCCGAUCAUGACUUAGAGCCGCCACGUUUUGCAAAGAAAGCACUCGAGCAUAUGCUUGCUGAUUGGAAUGCUGUUAAAGCCAUGAUAAUGACAGCCGCCGACCAAGAAUUAGUUUCCAACUCUGGCUCCAGCAACAAUCGACUUGAUGAAGAAGAUCGCAAUGCAUCAUUGCAAAACCAGAGUGGUACUACACUAUUGGAUAAGUUCACGCACAGUUUAUUUGUGCGCUGUAACGGCGAUCCCUUGGACACGUUGCUCAAUACAAUGAAUAGAGAGCUACAAAAUACAAGAAUACCGAAUCGAGUUGAUGAAGCUCAAAAGGUAGCAAGACGUUUCAUUCGAUCGGUAGCUCGAGUGUUCGUUGUUUUUAGUUUGGAACGAACACCAAAUCCAGAGAAGAAGACCAGUUCGUCGCAAUUGAAACACAUUCAAACGUGUCGUCGAGUUUUCCAAAUGUUGAUUAAAAUCUCCAUCGAAGAACUGAUUGAAACAGCUGACGCUCUAAUUGCACCCGUUCGAAUGGGAGUCGUUAGACCAACGGCGCCAUUUUCUUUGACCUCCUCAAGCGCAGAUAGUGCCGAUGAUUUAUUCAGCGUUGAGCCAUUGGCUCCAUCGGCAGCAAGAGAGACCGAUGGCAACCGCAUGUCAACGCUGAGAGCCGAAAUUGAUAAUGUCAGUUUGGGAGCACGUUUGAGCGAACGAUUCCGUAAUUUAGAUGACACCAUCGACAAUGAUGCUGUCAUUGACAAUGUGGCCGACGAUGGAGAUGCUUCCGAACAGGAUGACACACAUUCUGAACGUGAUCGUCACAACUCGACACGCUCGAACAAUGAUGAAGAUGCGUUACGAAAUGAUGAAGUUGUACCCGAAGGCGAGAGUGACAAUGAAUUUUUCCAUGAGGCCGAAACGGAAUCCGACUCGGAUGACAACCAAAGCACUCAAGAUGCACAGCGCAGUGUUCAAACGGGCGCCACAGCUGGCUCAGACACAGGCGUUGUAUCGCUUCUACUCAAUGAAGAUGAUUCGGAUGGAUCCAGCCAACCAGAUGACGAUGGAUCCGAAGAUGGAGAGACUGACGAACAUUCACAAGAAGAUUUUAUUUUUAACGAUGAACAAUUGGAACGCCGCACCACGAGCAGUGGAAAUCAACGUAGCAACCUGGCACCACAAUCCAUGCAAUGGGCCAUUCGAAACCGUGAUGCAACACGUUCAACUGUUCGUUUGACGAGUGGCUCUGGUUUAGUAUUCAUUGAUCCAGCUGCUUUACGACGCACCACAAACCAUCCGGUUACAGCAGCACAAGAACCAGCCACAAUGCUAACCACCGCAAGUAGCCUAGCACGUGCAUUCGGUAUCAUUUUGCGCCAGGUUUGCCAACUAUUCAACACCGUCAAUGAAAUGUAUGCGAAUGGAACGUUGCACAAUUUAAACAUCUCCUACCAAGAGGCCAAUGAGCUUCACAUGGCUUUGGAAAGUCGUUUGAAGCCUACAUGGGACUGGGUGUUGAAUGUAAUGGACGCAACAGAAGCUCAACUACGCUUCGGUGCUUCAUUGACUCAUUCAACCGAUCCAUCACAUCCAUUGCAUCCUCUACAUUUGAACUCAACUCCACCAACUACGACUACAUCAACUGCCACAUUGAGUGGACUAAAUGUCCUCGGAGGUACGUCACAAUCACGCACUCGCUUGAUUGAUUCGUCGAAUUCAGGAAGCAGAAAUAUUCUCAGUGCAAAUACAGACAAUCAACGAAACUUUGAUCGCGACAACUAUGCACAAACGUCGCGCCGUGAUUUUCUAACGUAUGCUCUGUCAUUGAUGCGUUCCCAUAGUUCGGAGCAUCGUGAUUCAUUGCCAGUUCUCGAUAUAACCGCAUUACGUCACAUUGCAUAUGUUGUUGAUGGCAUCGUUUAUUACAUGCGAUCCAGCACUGAUAACGACAAAUCGGACAGUAGCUCAUGGACGGAUGCCGAUGAAAACGAAAACGAUGAUAGCGAAUACGAGAUCCAAAUGAACUGUGAUAAUGAAUCGAUUGAUGACGAACUAUCGAAUGUGUCCGGUAGUCGACAUACAUUCUUUCAACGUUCGGAAUCGACGUUAUGUUUGGGCUGCCCACCACCGGAACCAUUUAAUUUGCCAAUGAACGAAGCCUUACCGUUAGCCGAUCAACCGCAUUUACUGCACCCGAAUGCAAGUCGUGAAGAUUUGUUUGGCAUCCCAAAACAACCGGACACACUGCGACCAAGUACCGAACCAGCUGGUUCGUUUACUCCAUUGGAAUUACCACCAACGCACCUAGGAAUAUCUUCAACAUUGAGAACUCCACAAGCAAACCAACCGAAUAGUUCAAAGGAUGACACAAGUAACUCUGAUAUAACUCUGCAAGAGGAUCAAUCAAUGUCGGUGGAUGUUGAUGAGAAGGUUGAGAAAAAGCCGGAUCAAAGUGAAUUGCUGGCGGCCAAGGCAAGCACAUCGGUCAACAGUCAAAAUGUAGCGGGUCCAAGCACAUCCAAGGAAACACCAACGCGUCAAGCACCAGAAGGAUACAAUAUCUACAUGCAACUGAAGAAAAAAACCUAUUUCGACUUUUAUGAGAAUGAAAAACGAACCGAUGGACCACAAGACUUGUCAAAGGCAGGCACAGAAUCAAAGGUUGCCAAAAUGGAAUUGGAUGGUGACAUCGAAAUGGCAGAUGCUGAAAAUGAUACGAGAAACUCAUUUGAUGCACAUCAGCAAAACAGUGAUUCGUCUUCAUCUGGCAACGCUACCAUUCGACCACAAAUCAUUGUGUCGCCACGAAAAACAUCGGCUUUUGCCAAAACGGGCAAAACUGAUGGUUCAACAAAAGAAACAUCCGGAGAAUCUUCAAAUUUUAACGAUUCAAGUUCAAAUGCUUUGAACACAUCAAAUGAAAUUGCAGGAGGAAGCAGUUUGGGCUCGCCAUCUAAAAGUGUCAUCGUUCGCGUUGGAUCGUCAGCAUCAUUGAACUUUGCAAAUGCAAACGAAGUCAUACAACAUGCGGAGACAAUGGAUAUUCAAGAGAUAUCAGCCAAUGUGACAGUUGAAACGAGUCCCGAUUUGAAUGCCACAACCCGUCAAGAAUCGAUGGCACCUCGUGGUCAAUACUUCCGAUCCGCACCACCAGUGCCAACUGUUUCAUUUGCAGUGCCAACACCACCGCCUCCACCAACAUGGGAUUUGCUGCUGAGCCGUUGGCGACUAUCACUCGAUCUAUUUGGUCGUGUUUUCAUGGAAGACGUUGGCCUUGAGCCCGGUUCAAUUGUUUAUGAAUUGCGUGGAUUCCCAGUGAAAGAAGCCAGAUUUAGACGACACAUGGAGAAACUCAGAAAUGCACAACAACGCGAUUUAACCUUACUGAAAAUGGAACGAAACCGUAGCAACCUCUUGAUUCAAACAUUCAAAGAGUUGAACACGCAUUUUAACAAUCAAAAUCGCCGUCUAUUCCCACCACUCGCCUUCAAUCGUGUCAAAGUAACAUUCAAAGAUGAACCGGGAGAGGGUUCAGGCGUUGCUCGCAGUUUUUACACAUCGAUUGCCGAAGCUUUGCUGGCCAAUGAAAAAUUGCCCAAUCUUGAAGCAGCGCAAGUUGGUUCAUCAACAACUUCAUCGAGUGGCAAGUAUUCGAUGCCAUUUGCUGUGGUUUCACGUCAUCGUAUCAGCAACAGUAAUAGCUCAUCGAAUAAUGCAAGCAAUCGAGAUCUCUCGAAUUCAUCGAGCAGUUCGGCACGACGCAUUUCGGGCAGUAAAACAUUGUGGCGACCGAAUCGUGAACCAAAACGAACACUCAAUUACGAUGCUCGCCCAUAUAGACCAUCCAAUUUGACCGAUAAUAGUGGCAAUUCAAACUCCAAUCUAAACGAUCAUCUGCCACAUAAUUUGCAACAGUUGGGCGAUCGAUUGUAUCCAAAAGUAUUCGCAUUGCAUCCGGCUAAUGCACAAAAGAUCACCGGAAUGUUACUCGAACUACCAGCACCUCAACUUCUCAUUAUUUUAGCAUCGGAAGAAACACUUAGACAAAAAGCUGAUGAAGCCAUGGAUACUAUUUUGUAUCGUCAACGACAAGAAAUUGUCGAUUCAGCAGCGGCAAAUAGCUUAGGUAAUUCAAGUGGAACAUCAUCGGCAGCAUCGGUUCCGAGUACACCAGCCAAACAACGCAUGAAUCCAGUCGUGGUAUUGGAAGAAUGUGCUAUAGAUGACUAUGCGCCUCUAUUCUACUCACCCGGAAAAUGUGGUUUCUACAGUCCUCGCGAAGGAUUCGCUAGCUAUGAACGAAUAAAUGCAUUUAGAAAUGUUGGAAGAUUGAUUGGAUUAUGUUUGUUGCAAAAUGAAUUGUUCCCACUGUUCUUGCAACGACACGUUCUGAAGUACAUCCUAGGCCGGCCAAUACGUUUCCAUGAUUUAGCAUUCUUCGAUCCGGUUGUGUACGAAAGUCUGCGGCAACUGGUGUGUGAAUCGACAAAGAGCGACGGUGUUAACAUUUUGGCGAAUUUAGAAUUAAACUUUGUAAUUACAUUGACACCUGAAGAGGGCGGCGGUUCCGUUGAGCUUGUCACAAACGGACGAAACAUUCAAGUGAACGAAGUAAAUGUUUACGACUAUGUCAGACUGUAUGCAAACUAUCGUUUAGUUAAAACACAUGAGAAAUCAUUAGAGGCUAUUCGCUCAGGUGUAUUUGAUGUGUUACCCAGUGGUGCAUUGGACUUUUUAACCGCUGAAGAUUUGCGAUUGCUUUUGAACGGUGUGGGUGACAUCAAUGUGAGCACAUUGAUUUCGUACACAACUUUCAACGAUGAAUCGAGCGAAAGUGGUGAAAAACUAAUCAAAUUCAAAAGAUGGUUGUGGAGCAUAGUCGAGAAGAUGUCCAAUUUGGAGCGACAGGAUUUGGUUUAUUUCUGGACUGGAUCACCAGCGUUGCCGGCAUCCGAAGAGGGAUUCCAACCGAUGCCAUCCGUCACGAUUCGACCGGCCGACGAUGCGCAUCUACCAACAGCCAAUACAUGUAUAUCACGGCUGUAUAUUCCAUUGUAUUCGAGUAAAGCCGUUUUACGACACAAACUUUUACUAGCCAUCAAAAACAAGAACUUUGGCUUCGUUUAGAUGAAAACUAAAGGAAAUUGGUUACAUCCAUACACAAAAAAUGUCAAACUACAAUAAUUUUAUGUAACAAAACUAAGGAAGAUUUCGUAAAACAAAACAAUUUAUAUACAGAAAAACAAAGAAGAAGUGAAAAAAAAUACGAGCAACAAAAAGAAAUAAAA